CCGCGCUAGCCCACCUUCCUUGUCCUGACCAGGCCACAGAGUAUAGGUUAUUACUACCCUGUCGCACCAUCUUAUCAUCUCACUAUGGUAAGUCCCAACUAUUUAUAUAUCAAAGCUGCAUCGUUGCCUUAUUACUACGGGGCCAAAGGGAAAGAGGGGAGAUCUGCACAUGAAUUGGCGGACCAACUAGUCAGCCUAUAUUUCAAUGGUGACCAACCCUCAAAGCUGGCCGGCUCUUUGGCAGAUGACUGUUAUUCAUGCGAAUGAGAACAUGCCGAGAUCGACAAUCCAGUCACUCCAUCCAUUUGGUAUGUUGUGCAAUUAAUCAAUCAGCUGUUUAUAUAUGGGCUGAUUGGUUAUAUAACAUGGACUUGUUUAUCAUCCUCGCUGGGCUGGCUGAAAUCCCCCGCGUUCCAUUAUCCAGAAUCUCGCAUCAACUCACCAUAAAGGGAUAAUUAAUUUAUUCAGCCUGCGCCUCUGAAGGGAGUUUACAGAUGACUAACCCUCUCUGCUAUGCUAUCAAUGGCCUGUAUGCACUUUCUCGGCCAAUCAAGUGACAUGGGAGUAAGAGCGAAUCGAGCCAUGGACAGUUUCAUACAAUCUAUAUUGUACGGUAUAUUAUCUAGGCCUAAAAAGCUGAUUUCUGUCCCAACUUUAUACGGUCACACAGGGGAGGGGAGGGCAUGGUGAUCAUGGAAACCUCAAGUUUGGUAUUCAUUCGAAUCAUGAGAUAGCCACGCAAUAUUCUAUGAUAUGUAGCUACGUGCUAUAUAUACUGCUCUUCGGCCCUGAUGGAGACUCUGCCUCGCUUGCAUCAGCUACACCACAGCGAUCAGAGCAACAAAAUGCUUUUGCAAUCUGUUUUCACAGUGAUUCUCCAGUCAACCUCCCUGGUUGCUGCAGCUGUGAUACCUCCUGGGACCAAUGGCCGUCAUACAGCCGCGCAAAAAGACCGUGGGAUUAGCAUUGCUAGUGAAAGCCAGUAUUGCAAUGAUAAAGGAGUUGAGUUAUUCAAAAACAAUGCGGAGGCUACUGCAGCGGAUGCAGUAAGUCGAAUGCCUAUGCCAUUGAAGCAGAUAUUUCAAAUUAUGAGCACGAACUUUAAUUAAUCGUGGUCGUGGCCGCUAGAUCAUAGCUACAGUUUUUUGCAUUGGAACGGUUGGUAGGUGAUCUUCCGAAAACCUUGUUUAAAAUUUCAUGAUAUGCUAAAGUUUAAGCAGCAAUGUAUCACAGCGGAAUUGGGGGUGGAGGCUUUGCUCUGGUGAAACAUCCAAAGGGCUUUGAAGCUAUUGAUUUCAGAACGACCGCACCUAGUCUAGCAACAGAUGACUACUACGACGACCCUCGCCAUGAUGUCCACGUAGGGGGUGCAUCAGUGUAAGUGUUCUCCUUCCUUCUCUUUUCAAAAUUUAUAUAUCCCUCAACCCUUACUAAAACUGCAAAAAGUGGUGUUCCAGGUGAGCUUCGGGGACUCAGAAAGAUUUACAAGUAUGCAAAAUUGGACUGGAAAAAGCUCUUCGGGCCCGCCAUCCAAGCAGCGAAGGGUGAUUUCAAAGCAAAUGAAGACUUGAUGUACUUUGUCAAACGCGUCGCCAGGGACUUACCUCGUGAUCGGGAUGCGCUUCCGCCAGAUGAUAGUUGCGGCUGGUUUA